AUGCUUCGAGGGAUUAAAGUGAGAAGUCGUCCGAUCACAACAGCUGCUGCAUCAUCUUUACCGGAAGAAGACCGAACAAGUAAUCAUCAUCAAUCCCAUGAUGCUUCAAAUAGUAAAAAGAGAAAGUUUGAAGGUGAAGAUGAAUAUCCAAAUGCUACCAAUGAAUUAAAAAGAGAAGAUUGGAUGUUAGCCCCUCCAAAAGACUCCACAAAACCGUUAUUUGGUGGAUCUUCAUCUCGGAAUGAAGAGGAAAAUAGUAACAAACCCUCGGAUCCAAGAAGAAAUAUUCAAAAUUUAGAAUUAAACCCUAAUUUAAAUCCUAACGCUAGAACAUCCCAUGAUUCUGAUAAUGUUUCCUCUCUGUCGUGGAGAGCAAGAGCUUUGAAACGAGCUGAGGAAAGAGCAAGAGAAUCGGGAGUUUCUGUGGACGCUGUUCUGCAAGAACACUGGGGCGAGGCAUCAAAAACAAUUUCAUCAAGCUAUGAUAGAGAGACUUUGGAAAAGUUGGAAAGAAAUGCUCAAAGAAACAAACAUUUUGGACUUGAUAAGAGCAUGAAAAAACCUGAAAUUGAUCAACCUGUGAAUACUCGUAUUUAUGACAAGUACAAGACAAGUGAAUCUGCUAGAAGAGAGAAUUUGAACACAUCAAGAUUUGGAACUCCUCAAGAAGAAACAUUUAUGAGAUAUGCAACCAUGUCACAAGACGAGUUAAAUACUCUUGCUCAAAAAGCACUCGAUGCUGAUUCUAGAGGAGACAAAAAAUUGUACAAAGAAUUAAGCGAUCAACUAACAGAAAUUAAGAAAUGUAGAGAAAUAUACAAGAAACAUGGCUCAGCUGCCCAGUUACCAUUGUUUUAUUCAUCUGGAAAGAGGAUCGAUGGAGGAGCUCAAGGAAGAAAAUAUAUUGGACAUCAAACUGAUCAGUCCUUGAAGGAGCUAUACAUGGAAGCUAAAGAGCACUCUGUGCAAGAUUUUGAUAAAGGUCUUGCCAAUAAUAUUUUGAAAGAUACACAAUAUAGAUCUUCCUCAAGAAAUGCCUCCGAAUACGAUGAUCAAUACUACGAUCAAUUUGUAAAUAAUACAGGAACUGAAUCGUUUGAGAUUGGAGACGAUAGAAGAUCCAAAAAGAAGAAACGUCAACAAACACUAGAAGAAAAACAACAAGCAUUCUUGAAGAAGCACAAAAUGCACGAAUUCCAAAAGAAAAAUCAUGCUGAAACAUGUCUAUUCUGUUUUGAAAAUAAGAAAUUCAAGAAUCAUCUAGUCAUUGCUACAGGAAAUAAGGCGUAUUUAACGUUGUCACCUUUUGGAUGUCUCACUGAAGGACAUUGCUGUAUUGUACCGAUUUUGCACACAGUAUCCAUUCGAGAGACCGAUGAAGAUGUCUAUGAGGAAAUUAUGAAAUUUAAGGUAUCUCUCAAGAAAAUGUUUAUGAAUCAAGGAAAAGACUGUCUCUUUCUGGAAACUGUGACCCCAUAUUCGUUAAAGCAUGAAAAGCAUGCAUUUAUUGAAUGCAUACCUUUGUCGCCAGCUCAAGUGGAGCUUGCUCCUUCAUAUUUUAAGAAUGCAAUUCUAGAUGUUGGUAAUACAGCAUAUAAUCAAAGUGCAAGCGAGUGGUCAGAGAAUAAGCAACUCAUUGAUACUAAAGGAAAAGGCAUCCACAGAUCAAUACCGAAAGAUUUUGCAUAUUUCCAUGUAGAAUUUCAAGUGAAUGGAGGGUUUGCGCACCCAAUUGCUAGUGAUGAUUUUUCGUUUACAUUUGGAAAGGAAGUAAUUUGUGGCAUGCUGAAAAGGACUCCAAACGAGGCAAAACUUAGACCUCCUCGAUAUGAGGAAGAACGAAAACAAGCAUUUACAUUGAUGCAAGCAUUCUCAGAGUAUGAUUGGACUAAAACUGAACUAGGUAGCUCUUCGUCGAGGAGCACGUCACAACCUACGAGCAGUAACAAGUAA